AUGCACAAGCGCGUCAAGGUGUGCAUCCGGGUGCGGCCCGCGUCCAAGGACCACGCUGGCAUCCGCGUCAGCGAGCCCGACAAGACGAUCAGCGUCCUCCACGAUGCAGCGAGCGGCCAUGGCACGUGCUUCAAGUUUGACGACGUCCUCGCGAGCAGCGUGAGCCAAGAGCAAGUGUUUGAGCGGGCGGCGCGAGAAGCAACCGAAAGCGUCCUGCACGGCUACAACGGCACCGUCAUGGCCUAUGGGCAAACCGGCGCGGGCAAGACAUUUACGAUGAGCGGUGGCAAAACGAGCUUUGCGGACCGAGGCAUCUGCGCGCGGUCGAUCGCCCUCAUUUUUGCAUCUAUCCAAGCAGCGAGAGACUUUACCUACAGCGUUCGUGUCUCGUACAUUGAGAUCUACAACGAACAGCUCUACGACCUCCUCGACUUUAACGCGGGCGAGAACCAGGCGCGCGACUUGGUGGUGCAAGAAAACGACAAAGGCCAAACCUUUGUCAAAGGCCUCUCCAAGCCGCUCGUCGAGACAGAAGAGGCGGCGCUGGACUUGCUCUUUCAAGGCGACACGAACCGCACGAUCGCCGAGCACUGCCUCAACAACGCCUCGACGCGGUCGCAUUGCAUCUUUAGCUUGCACAUUGAGAAGCGCAGUGCCGAUGACAGUACCAAGAGCCCUCUUGUUGUAAGCAAACUCAACCUCGUCGACCUCGCGGGCUCGGAGCGCAUGAAGAAGACCCAAGUGACAGGCACGAUGCUCAAGGAGACGAUGCAUAUCAACAAGUCGCUGACGUUUCUGGAACAAGUUGUCAUUGCGCUGGGCGACCAGAAGCGCGAGCACAUUCCGUACCGCCAAACCACGCUCACCAACCUCUUAAAAGACUCGCUCGGGGGCAACUGCCGCACCCUUCUCGUGGCUUGCGUCUGGCCCGACGAGUCCCAGAACGACCAGACGAUCGCAACCCUCAAAUUUGCCACGCGCAUGAUGCGUGUCAAGACGUCGGCGGUCGUCAAUAGCGCGGAUCCGUCGACGGCGUCGGUCAAAAAGUACGUCGAUGAAAUCAAACGGCUCAAAAGUGAGCUCGCGCUGCACGACACGCUGGCGGGUCGGAGUCACGUGUCGUACGACGCUGCGAUACCCCCUGAGACCGAGGCCGAAAUGAAAGCCGCGAUCCAAGCUUAUGUCGCGGAUGCCUCGCUGGAGCUGCCCAUCGUCAAUGUCGUUCAGAUACGAGCGAUGCUCCGCCUGUUUCGAGACGUGGCGCUAACGACGACCGUUGUCGAGACGAAGCCGCCGCCACCUGACGAACCGCAGGACGAAGACGAUGUGCCGCUAAACCGACACGAUCUCGACUGCACUCCCUUGUCCGACGACGAGCUGCAGCGCGAGUACGCGGAGCUCAUGCAAACGCAGCUGGACGACGCCAAACAAAAUUUUCGAAAGGCCAAGAAGCGUGUCGUGCAGUGCGCCAACGACGUCAACGUCGCCAAAAGUGAAAUUGAUGCGGUGACCAAGGCGCUCAGCGAAACCGAUGCCGGCAACGAGGACGACCGUGGUCGCCACGUUCAAGCACUCCAGCUGGCCAAAAAGGCCUAUCGCACGGCGUUUGACGCACUCGGCGUCGCCAAGGCCGAAAUGAGUUAUAUUCAAAAAGCCAAAGAUCAUCUGCUGGCGAGCGCCGCGUCCGACUUUGUCAUUUGGAAGGAAAAGCGACUGCUCUUGCGACACACCUCGUUGUCCUCUCCUGCGCCAACGUCAUUAUAAACGACUAUUUACAGGGCAUUAUCCACGAAACAAUUUGUGGUUUGGGGCGUCG